UCUUAACAAUUUAUUGUCUGAACAUACAAAUUAAGAGUCUAAAUAUCAUAACUUCAAGUACCCUAUUUAACGAGUUGUCAGAAUAAUCAUAUCCAUCAAACCAAAACAAAAUCCUACAAAUCAAGAAACAAAAAAUGAAAAUCUCCAAGCUUUUAAUCACUCUUCUCACUCUUCAAUUAGCCAUUUUCCCCUGCAUCCAAGCAGCGGCUCCGGCAAAUUCAAAUCUGUUCAGAGAAUACAUAGGAGCAGAGUUCAACAACAUCAAAUUCAGCGACGUUCCUGUAAACCCUAAUGUCGAUUUUCACUUCAUUCUCUCCUUCGCCAUAGAUUACGACACGUCAGCUUCUCCGUCUCCGACCAACGGACAGUUCAACAUCUUUUGGGAUUCUGAUAAUCUCAGCCCCUCUCAGGUUUCAUCUAUCAAGAACCAGUAUUCCAAUGUCCGAGUCGCUUUAAGUCUCGGGGGCGAUAGCGUGCAAGGCGGAUUCGCUUACUUCAACCCCUCGUCCGUAGAUUCUUGGGUAUCGAAUGCGGUUUCUUCGCUUACGAAAAUCAUCAAGCAGUAUGAUCUAGACGGAAUUGAUAUCGAUUAUGAACAUUUUCAGGCGGAUCCUGACGUUUUUGCAGAAUGCAUCGGAAAGCUUGUGACAACUCUGAAGAACAAUGGGGUUAUUUCUUUCGCUUCUAUUGCUCCAUUCGAUGACGAUCAAGUGCAAACACAUUAUCAGGCUUUAUGGAAGAAGUACGGAAAUGAAAUAGAUUAUGUAAAUUUUCAAUUUUAUGCUUAUGAUAAGGGAACAACAGUGGCUCAGUUUUUGGAUUAUUUUGAGACUCAAAGCUCGAAUUAUGAUGGAGGAAAGGUUUUGGUAAGCUUUAUUAGCGACGGAAGUGGCGGAUUAGCGCCGAAUAACGGGUUUUUUACAGCUUGCAGCAGGCUUAAGAGUCAGAAGAAAUUACAUGGUAUCUUUAUUUGGUCUGCUGAUGACUCUAUGGCUAAUGGUUUUCGGUAUGAGAAGCAAUCACAGGCUCUGUUAGCAGUGAGACAUUAGUGUAUUAGACUUUAGUCUAAUGGUCUAAUGAUCAAGUGGGGGCAGGGCUAGGCGUUGUGGCAAUGCUUUACAUGUGUUCGAGUCUAAUGUUUCGGUAUUUUGUCGGUUAUGAAAUUCCGAAGCUUAUAUUUAUAACUUAUUUGUAAAAAAUGUUGUUUCACAGUGUUUUUCGUUUAAUUGCAAUAUAGUUUGUGUUAAAUAUGUUCCUCUGUUUAAAUUUGAUGUAUUACUUCAGAGAUUUUAGAUUGCGAGAAUGUACAAUAGCUCUCGAUUAUGAAUGUAGUUGAAUGCGUUAACGCAUAAAAAUACUAUCAUGUAUGUAAUUCUAUUUUAA